CGGCGCGGUGGCGGCGGCCCCGGGGGAGCGGGCGCCGCGCGCGCUCCCAUUGGCCGCCCCGCCGUCAGCUGCUCCUAUUUUCUGCUGUCGCUUUUGGCGCUCGGCCAUCCAGAAACAAACCACUUCGAUGACUCCUAAUAGUUAUCGCCAGAUGUACUAAUACACAACAAAUCACGGUCCGGGAGAGGGGGAGAGCAAAUGAGUUCCUAUUUUGUGAAUCCCACUUUCCCGGGGAGCCUGCCCGGGGGCCAGGACUCCUUCCUCGGGCAGAUCCCCCUGUACCCGGCGGGCUAUGAUGCUCUCAGGCAUUUUCCGGCUUCGUACGGGGCAAGCAGCCUGCAGGACAAGACUUACACCUCACCUUGUUUCUACCAACAGUCCAACACCGUCAUUGCUUGCAGUCGGGCUUCCUAUGAGUACGGAGCCUCUUGUUUUUAUUCGGACAAGGACAUUAGUAGCGCCUCUCCUUCCGGCAGUGGCAAACAGAGGGGGCCCGGGGACUACCUGCACUUUUCUCCCGAUCAACAGUACAAAACCAGCGGCGGCCAAGCCAAAAUUAUAAAUGACGAAGGCACCGACCGGAAGUACACGAGCCCUGUUUACCCCUGGAUGCAGCGGAUGAACUCCUGCGCUGGUACAGUAUAUGGAACACAUGGGAGACGAGGGAGGCAAACUUACACCAGAUACCAAACGCUAGAGUUAGAGAAGGAAUUUCAUUUUAACAGAUACUUAACCCGAAGACGACGUAUUGAGAUUGCAAACGCUCUCUGCCUUACUGAACGCCAGAUUAAAAUAUGGUUUCAAAACAGGCGGAUGAAAUGGAAAAAGGAAAACAAAUUCAUAAAUUCCACACAGCCCAGCAGCGAAGAAACAGAGGAAAAGUCAGGGGAGUAGAACCACGUUUAAUAAACGCUACCAGGCCUUUCCUUAGCGCUUACUACUACUAUUAUUAUUAUUAUUUACCUUGUGUUCCUUCUGCUACUGAAAUCCUAUAGGUUUGUCACAGUCUAUUAAUCCCCAAAAGGCUUGGUUAAAAGAUGUAUAUUUGCAAUCAUCUGUGACUUACUCUAAUAUAUGUGGAAGCCCCAGCUUUCGAGCUACAGGCAUGUAUGUAUGUAACCAUCUUCCUAAAGCGUAUAUGGCGUCGGUUAAAGCAUUAGAGAAUUGGCCCAGAAUUUUAAAUGUUUGAGAUUAGCAUCUCAAAUGGGUGAGUGGGUGGGUGUCCCUGGUGUGCUUGUGUGAGAAAAGAUAAGCAAAUUAUUUUUUAUCUUUUUUUUUUUUAAUUAGAAAUGCUUUUAUUGUAGAAAGACAAGAGAUUUUAGAAAAUAUUUGGUUUAUGUUUUUGCUAGCUCCCGUUACGGCGGGCCAUCUCGUUAUUCUAUGUUUAGGAGUUUAUGAUCCGCAGGGGAAAAAAAAGUUUUAGCUAUGUAUAAGAUAUUUAAAGAGCAAAUGGAAGAAAAUUUCUUUUAAAAAACGUUGUAUAAAUCCCUGUGUAUAAACUUUCAGUUAAAGCGAAGAUGAAUUGCAGGGAUAUUUUUUUUUUAAAUGUCGCUAAACUGCUUAGUCUGCACUAUAGUAUUAAAGUAAAAACUCGGUGUUAAACUUCAGGGGAAGCGAGGGAAGAGGUUUUGAAGCGGGCAAUUUUCUGUGGUUCCCGUUGAGCUUACGCUAAGGUUUUGGUGAGCUCAGCUCUGCACUGAAGGGGCUUUGAAUUAUGGACUACAUUUCUUGGGGCUUCGUGAGCUUAGAUCGAUCUUUUCCCCUUUAAUCUCUCUUUCUUUCUCUCUUUCUUUCUUUCUUUCUUUCUUUCUUUCUUUCUUCCUUCCUUCCUUCCUUGCUUCCUUCCUCUCUUUCUUAUUUGAAGAAAAGGUCUUAUUAACUUGGGGAUUUUCUUUCCUGCUUCUGCGGUAUCUUAAUUCACAUUCGCAUUACUUAGCACUGGAAAAAAAUAAAUUGAUACUUUGAAGAAAAAUAGCUGCCAUAAAAUGCUUCCACUUCGAGAUUUGUAAAAGUAAAAUAAGGGCAGAAAAAAUAUUGAUUAAUAUAUACAUUACAUCUCUAUAUUAUAUUGCAUGUGCAUGUGAAGCUGUGUAGAAAUGCACUUGUAUACGCAUCGAGGCUCUUUUGUUUGGAAGGCAGCACAAUUUGGGCUACCACUCUAAAUGUUUUAAAAGCCAAAUCUGGAGAAUAUAAUGCAAAAUGGCUACCACCGCAUUUAGAGGAUUUUUUCCUCUCCGAGAGGCGAUGAAAUAACGGCAGCCGUAAAGUCGCCUGGAAUCUGAACCCCUAGUUGGAAAAAACGCUGCACGAUUUUCAUCUUUAAUAGAUAUCUGCCAUUUCACAUCGGCAGGACCCGGCUGCUUCUCGAAAGCUCCGGCACGGGAAUAAGUGUGGGGGAAAUUAUAUAUCUAUGUAUAUAUAUGUAGAAGGGACAUAAACCUCGCCAGCAUCCGAGAACGGAUCGUGUAGGAUUUGAGCACCGGCGUAAAAAACCCUCGCACGGAGGCGAAGGCAGGCACAAAGCGGAGCGCUCUCUGCACGCCCAUCUCCCCGGCGGCCGGCUCGCAGGAGCAAUGCCGCCAGCCCCGCAGCCUCGCCGCCGGUGCGGGUGCCGGUGCCGGUGGCGGCGAGCCCCGCUCCGCUCCGCGCCUCUCCGCGCCGCUCCGCGCCGCCGUCGGGGGCCGUCACCCCGGGCCGACCCC